GUAUUAGAGCGCUCCAGAGAUGUGGUGGAUGAUGUUAGUGUGUCCCUUCGCCUCUGGGAUACUUUCGGAGACCAUCAUAAGGACCGUCGUUUUGCAUACGGCAGGUCUGAUGUGGUGGUACUGUGCUUUUCAAUCGCCAACCCCAACUCUCUGUACCAUGUGAAGACCAUGUGGUACCCUGAGAUCAAGCACUUCUGCCCCCGUGCUCCUGUUAUCCUGGUGGGCUGUCAGCUGGACCUGCGCUAUGCAGACCUGGAGGCAGUGAACAGAGCACGGAGACCAUUAGCGAGACCUAUUAAAUCCAAUGAGAUUCUUCCUCCAGAGAGAGGCCGGGAGGUGGCCAAAGAGCUGGGAGUGCCAUAUUACGAAACCAGUGUUGUGGCUCAAUUUGGAGUCAAGGACGUCUUUGAUAAUGCUAUCCGAGCCGCGCUCAUAUCACGCCGCCACCUGCAGUUUUGGAAAUCUCACCUCAGAAAUGUACAGCGGCCUCUCCUUCAGGCACCCUUCCUGCCCCCGAAACCUCCUCCGCCUAUAAUCACUGUGCCUCCUCCCCCAUCUACCACGGAGGAGCAUCCAGUCGGUCUUCUAGAGGACCCACACUGUGCUGAUGUCAUCCUGGUUCUGCAGGAGCGACAGAAAAUCUUUGCACACAAGAUAUAUUUGGCAACAUCCUCUUCAAAGUUCUAUGACCUCUUUAUUAUGGACACACAAAGUGAGGAGACUGAGAGGCCUUCUCGUGGUCCUCUCUCUGGCCGAGAGCUGCUGAUGCGUGCUGCUAGCUUUGAUGUUUGCGAGAGCAGCGAUGAUGGAGACAGGGCAAACCUGAGAGCCUGCACUAGUGAUGGUACCUUGAAAGACUCUGAGGGUGGUCGACGGGGCAGAUUGCUUUCCGCGUGGAGUCGAGCUUUUAUGAGCAUCCAGGAGGAGCUGGUGGAUGAUCCAGUAACAUACAGCCCCAGGCCCAUGACUGUAGUGCACAUGGACCAGUCCAUGCAGCUGGGUCCUUUUCGAGCAGUACUUCGCUACCUGUACACAGGUCAGCUGGACGAGAAUGAGAAAGAGCUAAUGCACAUUGCACACAUUGCUGAGCUGCUGGAGGUCUUUGACCUGCGAAUGAUGGUUGCAAACAUACUCAACAAUGAAGCCUUCAUGAACCAAGAAAUCACCAAAGCCUUCCAUGUACGCCGCACAAACAGAGUCAAAGAGUGCUUGGCCAAAGGCACCUUUUCUGAUGUUGUAUUCAAGCUAGAUGAUGGGACGAUAAUGGCCCACAAACCUUUACUCAUCUCUAGUUGUGACUGGAUGGCAGCUAUGUUUGGCGGGCCUUUUGUGGAGAGCUGCACCAAAGAGGUGCUGUUCCCCAACACAACUCGCAGCUGCAUGAGGGCUGUGCUAGAAUAUCUCUAUACAGGGCGGUUUUGUUCUCGGUCUGACCUGGAUGCAAUGGAGCUUAUUGUUCUUGCCAAUCGACUUUGCCUCCCCCACCUGGUUGCACUUACAGAACUCUACACAGUAACAGUAUUGACGGAGGCGGCGAUGAUGGGAGCUGACAUUGAUGGAGAUGUUCUGCUGUAUUUGGAUAUGGCCCAGUUCCAUGGUGCUCAGCAGCUGACUGGCUGGUGCCUUCACCACAUCUGCACCAACUACAACAGCGUUUGCCGCAAGUUCCCCCGAGACAUGAAGGCCAAAUCUACAGAGAACCAAGAAUACUUUGAGAAACAUCGCUGGCCACCAGUGUGGUACCUGAAGGAGGAUGACCACUACCAAAGAGCACGCAAAGAGCGUGACAAGGAGGACUACCUGUACCAGAGACGACAAUGUAAACGCAAGUGGCUCUUCUGGAACCUUCCUUCCUCCCCAAACUCAAACUCUCCUUCUUCUGGUUCAUCUGCGGUCAUCUGAGAAAGUGGUAAGGCCAAGUCCACCCUGGAGAUCAGUGUGGGUGUGAAUUCUAAAAGGUACAAAAGAAGAAGUACACCCCAAUUAUUCAGGCACACAGUUUCUCCUCUUGUUUGUUUGUCUCUGCAGUCAAACAGCACUCCUCCAGGUUUGCAAGGUCAGCUCAAUCUGAUAGUUAAAGUAACAUGUUUUGUUCUUUAGAUGUUCAGGUUGGUGUAAAUGAGACUCAAACCUCAGUGAUAUGAACCUCACUAACAAAUGGCACAGUGUAACUGGCGCAAAUAACAACUCAUAUUGUUAUAUAUUCCACCACCUGGGUUAAGUUUUUAAAAUAGGACUCUGCUGGCACAGAACUUUCCAUCUAUGAUCAUAAUUCUCAUCAUUCAACCUUAACUGAUAACCAAGUGCUGCUUAUCAGCUGCAACCAGCAAAUCAUCACAGAACUCAAGUCUCAGAGAUAUAACACUUUGCCCUUAAGUGUUUGUACAAUCUACCAAACUAUUUGUACAGUAUGAGCUCAUCAACACGAUGUAACAAUAGUGUAGCCUGCCAGGAUUCAAUUGUUAAAGUCAUAUACACUAAUCAUGCUGAUUAUGAUUGCGUCUACAAAAAUGAAACCACUGGCAAGUUCAGCUCCUGUUUGUUUUUGUACAGUCAUUCUAUUUUUGAAUGUUUGUGUACAGCUUGCACAGCUAAAAGUGAUGUGAGUCAGGACACACUCAAUAUUUACGUAUUGUGAUCUUGUGAUUUGUGGCCUCUUGUCACAAAAGGGCUUUAGCUUACAUGAAUGCAUUCAGUGUCCCGAGACACAAGAGAUCCCAAAUCAAAGAAAAUAUCUGUAUUUUCUGUAAAAUGCCAGCAAAAACACAUUUCUUUUAUUACUUAUGUGUUGCUUGAUGAGGCACACAUGUAUCUAGAGUCCUUCAAUUUUACAUUGACUGGUUUCAUCAGCUUGAUCACUGUCACCCUGGAAAACAACACAUUAUCACAGAUUGAUGUAUUCUAUAACCAACAGCAACUUUCUGGAGCUGAAAUGACUGCGUGUACACUACUAUUCCUCUGUGAUCUGUCACUGGUGGUGAUUUGGCCUUUAGAGAUUUAUCUUAGUUGAUCAGAGGACACUCCCUGACUGUCUGCAGUUGGCUAUGUAAGACUUGUACAUGCAGAAGGCUUCCUCAUGCCUGGGUGAAGUCAUCCGUAUUCUUCUACACAUCUCUAGCACUUUCUGGACUCUUCUCCACAGAGACACACAAGAACGUUCAGUAGCAGCAUCCUGGCACAUGGCUCUAAAGACAGUAUAGUGCCAUGACACACUGCGACAAAAU